CGUUAUACACUGUAAAAUACACAAACUGAAAAACAGAACCAAAACAAUGGCGUCUACAGCAACAAGUCUGUCAUGGAGUUCAUCUUUUUGUCUUCACAAUUACACUUUAGCCAAAACCACAAAUUCUGAAACACCAAAAUUAUCAGAAAGAACCUCAAUUGUAGCUCAAAAAAAAGCCAAGAAACUAAGAAAGAUAAUAUUGAAGGAGGAUAUUACACAGUUGGGAAAAAAAGGGGAGCUUUUGGAUGUUAAAGCAGGAUUCUUUAGGAAUUAUUUGCUACCAUUGGGCAAGGCUUCAAUUGUGACACCUGCACUUAUCAAGGAAAUGAAGAUGGAGGAGGAUAGAAUUGAGGCUGAGAAACAACAGGUGAAAGAAGAGGCAGCACAACUUGCUCGAAUUUUUGAAACUGUUGGAGCCUUCAAGGUGAAGCGUAAGGGUGGGAAAGGAAAGCAAAUCUUUGGAAGUGUCACUGCUCAGGAUCUCGUUGAUAUUAUAAAAGCACAGAUACAGAGGGAUGUGGACAAGAAAAUUGUCACUCUGCCUGAGAUUCGAGAAACCGGAGAAUAUGUUGCUGAACUGAAGCUGCAUCCAGAAGUUACAGCUCGAGUAAGGUUGACAGUGUACGCCAAUUGAGCAUAGGUGGCUUUCUGGUGCAGUUGAUGCCAAGUCAGGAAUUUGCUGUAUCGGCUCUCUGGGUCAAGUUUUCUUGUCAGGUAGGGAGGAUGCUAUAAACAAUGUAAAGCAUCAGAUUCAGAAUCCACCCAUGGACCCAAGUUGUAAAUGAAUUUUCUUAUUUUGAGAUCAUUUAUCCUGACCUGUAACAUUAGAUUUUUCUUCCUAAGCCUAUUGUUAUUUCAAUUAUUAUCAUUGUGGGUCA